AUGAAGUCACCGAUCUCGCUCGUCGGCUUCCUCCUGGCCUUUGCCUCCUUUACCUUUGUAUUCGCUGCUUCCGACACGUCCAGCCCUAAGGAGCUUGCUCCGUGCGUCGCGCGAUCUCCGACAACGGGGCUCUACUACGACCUCAACGCCUUGCGAGUACAACCGCUUCCGAGCGACGAGAAGGCCCGCAAACACGUCCGAGAUGAAAGCUGGCACGCGAAAGGCUAUGACUACAAUGCCAAUUUUACAUUGAAUAUCUGCGGGCCGGUCAUUGAGAACGUUACGGACGUGGUCGGGAUCGAGGAGCCCGGUUGGCGGAAUGUCAGCGCAUAUUACAAAAAGGAUGGGAAGACAUAUUCGAUUGGGCAACAAUCGUCCGAUCCUUUCUUUCGCGGCCGCAAGCUCGUCAUGAACUACACCGAUGGGUCGCCCUGCGAUGAUGAGGGAUCGCAUAACAAGUCGACGAUAAUUUCGUUCCUGUGCGAUCGCGACGUGACCACGUCGACUCCCACGAUCUCCUUCGUCGGUACUAUGGACCAGUGCACAUACUUCUUUGAGGUCCGAAGCUCCGCCGCCUGUGGUGGUUAUGGCCACGAUCCUGCUGGACAGGGUCUUUCCCCGGGCGGCGUGUUCGGUAUAAUCGCCCUUAUCGCGGUCGCAGCGUACUUGGUCGGCGGUUGCGCAUACCAGCGGACCGUCAUGCAUCAGCGCGGCUGGAGGCAAUGCCCCAACUACAGUCUCUGGGCCGGGAUCUUUGACUUUUUCAAAGACAUGACGAUCAUAGCCCUCUCAUCACUAGGGCGCCUCUUCCGCCUCAAACGCUCACCAGCCGGAUACUCCUCCGCCGGAACCGACAGCCCGCCACGAGGCCGUUUCGGCAGCGGCAGACGACGCGACAUCGACGCGGAAAAUAGACUGAUUGACCAAUUGGAUGAAGAAUGGGACGAUUAG